GUACCCCUUGCAGUGUAUGCUUGUCUCAACCAUUUCUCCACACAGAAAAAGGAAUCCCCUAAGAGGGGAGGAGAGAAGAUUAGUAAAAAAAAUAGAAAGUGAAUUAUUAUAAAUAUAUAGGAAGGAAGCUAGAGAGAGAUCAUAGGGCUAAAUGGGAAGGCCCCCUUGCUGUGAUAAAGUUGGUGUGAAGAAAGGGCCAUGGACUCCUGAAGAAGACAUCAUUUUGGUUUCUUAUAUCCAAGAAAAUGGUCCAGGCAAUUGGAGAGCUGUUCCUACUAAUACUGGGUUGCUUAGGUGCAGCAAGAGCUGUCGGCUCCGGUGGACUAACUAUCUCCGGCCGGGAAUCAAACGCGGCAACUUCACUGAACAAGAGGAGAAGAUGAUUAUUCACCUCCAAGCACUUCUUGGCAAUCGAUGGGCAGCCAUAGCUUCAUACCUUCCUCAAAGGACAGAUAAUGACAUAAAGAAUUACUGGAACACUCAUCUGAAGAAGAAGCUAAAGAAGAUGCAAGGAGAAGAUAAUGCAAAUGCAGACAACAUUAAUGGCGGCGCCAAUUCUUCUUCAUCUUCUCACCACUCAAUCUCAAAGGGCCAGUGGGAAAGAAGGCUCCAAACCGACAUCCACUUAGCCAAACAAGCCCUCUGUGAGGCUUUAUCCCUUGACAAAUCCAACCCGGUUCAGCCGGCCCCCAACCCGCCGGUCCAGACCGGUCCCUACGCUUCAAGCGCUGAAAACAUCGCGAGGUUGUUGGAGAGCUGGGUGAAAAGCAACGGCCCGACCCGGUCCAACUCGGAGACCACCACUACUCAAACCGGGCUCGCCGGUUCAACCUCCAGCCCUAGUGAGGCCACCUUUGACCACUCCAUCUUCAGCUACAACUCCGAAGCUUUCUCCGCCGUCGAGAGCAAGCCCGUGUUCGCACGCGCCGCCGCCGCCCCACCCACCUUCCAAACCCAAACCAAGCCCAACAAUGACAAUAUUGCCCCUCCUCAUGAGACUCAAAUGCCCUUGACCUUGCUGGAAAAAUGGCUCUUUGAUGACGCUGCCAAUGUUCAACCCCAGGAUGGCAUAAUGGGAAUUCCAGUGCCCUUACCCGAAACUGCCGAGUUGUUUUGAACAGAUAUAUACACAUAAAAGACGUGUAUAUCUAUUCCAAACAAUAGCUUAAUUUUAAUGUUACUUUGUUAA